UUCUCCCGGCCCGGCUCGGCCCGGGGGCGGCUCCCCAUCCUCCCCGGCCCCCGGGGGAGGUUGUAGCGGGGCGGGAUCUGCGCUGCAGCUUGGAAUGGGGGGGCACAAUACCCGCUGUGGCGGGCAGGGCCCAGCGGGCCAGCAUCGUCCGCUGUGAGGCGAGCGGUGCGCCGGUGCUUCCCUUCACAACGGCAGGUGGGGGCCCGCUGCGGCGGCCCCGAGCAGGAGGGGUGCAUUUAUAUUAUCCAUAUGAUUUCUAUAUUUCUAUUACUCCAUAAUUACCGCCCUUAGCGCGGCGGGGGGCGCUGCCCGGGCUGUAGGAGCGAGCGGCGGCCCCGGGCCGGUGUCCGCCCGGCCGGGCCCCGCAGCCCUCGGGCAGCCCCCGGGGCUCGGCGCGGUGGCAGCUCCCGACACGGGAACACCUUUUGUGCCCGCUUGGAACCCGCUGUGCCCGUGUUUGAGGAACGCAGCGCAGUGUUUGCCCCCGGAGUUGUUUGGCCGCUGGGGAAAUUGCAGCUCCUGCCCUUGUUGGCCCGUGGGAUCUGUGUGGAGGCUCUGAGCCGGAGCUGCAGCCCUGCCACAGGUGCAGCCUCGGCCCAGCCCCGAGGGAUUCUCCUGCUGAUGCCUUUCUCACACACCUCACAUCUGGGUUCAAAACCUUACUGCAAAUGCCCAUCGCACAGCUUUGCUGAAAGGUUAAAAUAUCUCUGUAGCAUUGCCUGAGACUGAUGAUACCUUUUUUCUCUCUCUUUUUCUUUUUUUUUUUCCUUUUUUUUUCCUUAAAAAAAAAAUUGCCUAAAGUAGUGGAAAUACUUGAAAGCUUCCUACUAAUAACAGGCCGUUUCAAUGUGGUCCUUAUUGCCUGACAUAAAGAGAAUUUCCUUUAUCACUGGCUGGCUUAAAGCUAUUGUAGUUCUCAUCUAUCAGUGUGAUUUUAUUUAUUUAUUUACUUUUGGUUUUGCGUUUCGUUCUGUUUGACCAGUGAUCCUUGGCUAGUCAAGCUUUUAUUUUUUUUUUAUUUUAAUUUAUUGCUGUCUCUAGUCAGUGUCCCGUUUUGGUUUGGUUGUGUGAAGGUGGUGCUGGUGUUUGGUUCGUAAUCUCGUAGGGCAGCGUGCAGGGAGGGUCAUAAAUCUGCAGCAGGGUUUGGUGGCUUUUUUUUUUUUUCCCUUUUUUUUUUUUGUGUGUGUGUGUGUGUCUCUCUUGUUUUACUUUCAGAGCAAUAACUUAACUUUUGUCCUUGCUCUGUUGAGCAAAAGUGAAAGUUAGAUGCUGGGUGCAAACUUCUGCAAUCAGUUAUCCUUUUUAACCUUUCAUAGCUGUAGAUUCCUCAUGCGGAGGAGGCUGGGUGAAAAAUCAGUCACCUCAAAAAACAAACCCAGAGCGAUUGAAGCUUUCUCUUCUCCGAGUAAAACAACGUAAUUAUAACAGAAACAUUUGCUCCUGCAGUCACCUCCACAAAAAGGCAGUUAAUUAAAACCUGUUACUGCCCAGCCAGGGGCUUCAGCUGGGACCUCCCCUGCUCUCCAGGCUGGAUGGGGAGCAUGACACCCUCCUGUUAUUCCUGCAGAUGCUCACGGAAGACACUGAGGGAGAGGAGCAGGAGCGUUCUCGAUAGUCCUGUCUCGGCACCAUACCAGUCUAGAACCUUUGCUCUUGAAGAUGGUGAGUAGCCAGCCUAAGUACGAUCUAAUUCGGGAGGUUGGUCGUGGCAGUUAUGGUGUGGUGUACGAAGCGGUCGUCAGGAGGACCUGUGCCCGCGUGGCCGUGAAAAAGAUCCGGUGCCACGCUCCCGAGAACGUGGAACUGGCUCUGCGCGAGUUCUGGGCCCUUAGCAGUAUCAAGAGCCAGCACCCCAACGUCAUUCACCUGGAGGAGUGCAUCUUGCAGAAAGAUGGCAUGGUGCAGAAGAUGUCCCAUGGCUCCAGCUCCUCCCUGUAUUUACAGCUUGUAGAAACCUCAUUAAAAGGAGAAAUAGCCUUUGACCCCAAAAGUGCUUAUUACCUGUGGUUUGUGAUGGAUUUCUGUGACGGAGGAGACAUGAACGAGUACCUGCUGUCCCGCAAGCCCAACCGCAGGACCAACACCAGCUUCAUGCUGCAGCUCAGCAGCGCCCUGGCCUUCCUGCACAAAAACCAGAUCAUCCAUCGGGACCUCAAACCCGACAACAUCCUCAUCUCCCAGGGCAGGGCGGACGCCAGCGACCCCGAGCCCACCCUCAAAGUGGCGGAUUUUGGGCUCAGCAAGGUGUGCUCGGCCUCGGGGCAGAACCCCGAGGAGCCGGUCAACGUCAACAAGUGUUUCCUGUCCACCGCCUGCGGCACCGACUUCUACAUGGCCCCCGAGGUGUGGGAGGGCCACUACACGGCCAAGGCUGACAUCUUCGCCCUGGGCAUCAUCAUCUGGGCCAUGCUGGAGAGGAUCACCUUCAUCGACACCGAGACCAAGAAGGAGCUGCUGGGCAGUUACGUGAAGCAGGGCACGGCCAUCGUGCCCGUGGGCGAGGCGCUGCUGGAGAACCCCAAGAUGGAGCUGCUCAUCCCCGUGAAGAAGAAGUCCAUGAACGCUCGCAUGAAGCAGCUGAUCAAGGAGAUGCUGGCGGCCAACCCGCAGGACCGGCCGGACGCCUUCGAGCUGGAGCUCAGACUGGUCAACAUCGCCUUCAAGGACAGCAGCUGGGACACGUGAGGGGCUCGGUGACAGCUGCAGGCAGAGCCCGAGCUCACCUGCAGGGGGGACUUUUCACCCAACUGGAGAUUCCCCAGAGGAAUGCUGAGCUGGCCACCGUGAGAAAUCCCAGAGUGAGACCUGGGGCUGUUCCUUGCUGUGUGCUGGCAGGGGGAUGUUGAGAGAGCCAACACUACUUGAUUUCCAGCACUCUGUCACGGAGUGCCUCACACAUUCCAGUUUCCUAUGUCAGUAUUAGGAACUCUCAUGGAAAAAAAAAAGAAGAAAAAAAGAUUUGCAUGCUGGCAGUGCAAAUCUUGAGGCUUUGUAAUGUAAUCUGUGUAUAUAUUUAUGUAUAUGAGUGACUGGGAGUGUGUGGCACUUAAAUUAUUUGCUGUGGGUCUGGAUGAUUUGGGUCUGCUAGAAAUCUGGGUGAAGAAGGUGAGUGAGAAAAGCUCCUUCUUCCCCAGGCCUGAAUGACUUUAUUAUUUAUUUUUGUUAUCUAAUUUCAAAGACUUGACUUUGUAAACAAACAAACAAACAAAAAAAAAGCAAUGCAAGGGGAUCAGCUGCUUUCAAAGUGCUAACGUGGCUGAUCUUAGCACUUAGAGCUUAAUGAGCUCAUCACUGAGGGAGUCAAAUUAAAAAUGUACAGUCAGGUGCUGGCAGGGGGCCUGGAU